AUGGCUCAAGCUGCAAAGCGGAUCACUCGGGUAACAAUCACUGUUUGCCCACUUUCAGGGAAUGAAGCUAACGGGUGUUUGUGCUGCAGGAGUAUACCGAGAUCGAGGCGAACCCUCCUCAGGGAAUCACAAUCCAGCCUAUUGAUGAGGAUAUGUUCAAGUGGAAUAUUGAAAUUACAGGUCCCAAAGAGUCCAUUUACGCUGUUAGUCCUCACAGUGAUACAAGCUCGAUUGCUGCCAAGUUGUAGUGGAAUAAAGCUAACUCCAAGUUUUUCUUCUCACAGGGCGGAACUUUCAAGCUUCUCCUAACACUUCCGACAAACUACCCAUUCAAACCUCCGGUUUUGUCCUUCCAGACGAAGAUCUAUCACCCCAACGUUACCAACGAUGACAAGGGGAGUAUGUGUCUUGGUAUCUUAAGGAGCGAUCAGUGGAAGCCCAGCUGUAAGAUCUUGGCGGUCCUCGAGAUGGCUCGCGGGCUAUUAAUGGAACCAAAUCCGUGAGUCAAAACGGCAUACCCACGAUUCCGACUGCACCGCACCCGAAGUUUGAAAGUACAUUGCUGACCUGAACAAAUUCAGAGAUGAUGCCGUUGAAACCUCUAUUGCCGAGCAAUACAAGAGCGACAAGGCUGCGUUCGAGAAGACGGCCAAGGCUUGGGUCAAGCAAUACGCAAAGUAGAUGAUUCGCGCAUGUCAAAAUGAGAUAAACCAAUAAAUUCUUCAUUCAUUUCUCUUUCUACUUUCUCCCUUCUUACACACCAGUCAUGGAACCACCGUUCGGGCCUCAGGACUAAGAAUGGAAGUGCCGAUGAUGUCAGGGGGUCGAACGGGCAUGAGCGUUCUGGGUGGAUUCUUCCUCCCCUCCAUUCUUCUUCUCUCCCUCUCUUUAUUUGUGCUGGUCUUCCCUCUUUUUGCUCUAUUGUUGUGUUCACCGGAUUAUUUACCCGUAUACAAUAGUAACAUGUAUCUCCACGAUGGAAGAGCGAAAGGAGGGAAACAAAACGAGGCAUUUCGUGUGGGC